AUGAGCUCAGAACAGGUGGGGGAUAUUGCCCCCCCGACACAGCCUCAGAAAGCAGCAGAAGAUGCCCCGUCAGACGCGGCAGUCACCCGCGAGGAAGUGCACGUCACAGCUGACGGCCAGUCUGCUGCUCCAACUCCGGCUCUUCGCAUGUCGAAGAAUGCCCUGAAGCGGCUACGCAAGCAGCAAGAAUGGGAAGAUGGCAGGGACGAUCGGCGCAAGCGUCGCAAGGAGAAGCGGUACGAGAUGAAGGACCGCCGGCGCGAGCGUCGCCAGGCACUGGAGGCUCAGGGACUGCCGCCGGAGGAGCGGCCGACCAAGAAGCCGUCGACGGUGGCGCGCAUCGCGCUGGUGGUGGACUGCGACUUCGAGCAGUACAUGAGCGACAAGGAGCGCAUCUCGCUGUCGAGCCAGGUUACGCGGUCGUACUCGGACAACCGGAACGCGCGGUACCGGGUCAACCUGUGGAUGUCCGGGUGGAAGGGUCGGCUUCUGGACCGGUUCGAGACGGUGCUGACGAACCAGCACCUGUCGUGGAAGGGCGUGGGCUUCCACUCGGGGGAUUUUGUCGAGUGCUCGCAGCGGGCGCAGGAGAAGAUGCGGGGCGAGGUGGUAGAGCCGCUGCAGAGGAGCCUAGACCUUCAGCCACUCUCGUGGGCGCGCGACGGGAAGGAUCCGUUUCCCCUGCCCGACCCGGAACCGCAGCCCCGGCCGGAGUACGGGCACAUCAUCUACCUCACCUCCGACUCUCCCUAUACUCUCGAGCGUCUCGAGCCGAACAAGUGCUACAUCGUAGGCGGUUUGGUCGACAAGAAUCGCGAAAAGGGCCUGUGCUACCGGAGGGCCAGGGAGCGCGGCAUCCGCACCGCCCGUCUGCCCAUCGGCCAGUUCAUGAUGAUGCAGAGCCGUCAGGUCCUCGCUACCAACCAUGUUGUCGAGAUCAUGCUAAAGUGGCUCGAAUACGAGGACUGGGGUGCUGCCUUCGAGGCUGUCAUCCCCAAGCGCAAGGGUGGUGUGUUGAGGGGUCGGACCGAGAGCGAGAGCAGGGAUGGCCAGGAGACGGCUGGUCAGGAGACGGCUGGUCAGGACGAGAUAGGUGACUCUUGUACCCAAGUAUCAGAGGAGCAGGCAGAGUCAAGAGGGCAAAAUGACGCGAAGCAAAGGGGUGAAGGAGAGGCAAAAGAAGAGUAA